CCCUGACACACACAGGCGUUGUUGCAGAGAAGAGAGAGAGAGAGAGGCGCUGGCGGCGGCGGCGGGGAAUGGGGUGGGCGAUAGCACUGCACGGAGGAGCAGGGGACAUCUCGCUGUCUCUGCCGCCUGAGCGCCGCCUCCCGAGGGAGGCCUGCCUCCGCCACUGCCUCCAGCUCGGCGUCGACGCUCUGAAGUCCAAGAAAUCUCCCCUGGACGUUGUCGAGCUCGUGGUCCGUGAGUUGGAAAACAACCCUCACUUCAAUGCGGGCAGAGGGUCGGUCUUAACCAGCAAUGGCACUGUUGAAAUGGAGGCUUGCAUCAUGGAUGGAAACACAAUGAAAUGUGGAGCUGUUUCUGGGCUCACCACUGUUGUCAACGCCAUAUCUUUGGCACGACUAGUCAUGGAACGAACUCCUCAUAUAUACCUGGGAUUUGAUGGGGCAGAAGCAUUUGCCAGGGAACAUGGGGUAGAAACUCUUGAUGCUUCUCAUUUCGUCACUCCAGAGAACAUUGAAAGGCUAAAACAGGCCAAAGAAGCAAACAGAGUGCAGAUUGAUUAUACGCAACCCAUGCAAAAGAAUGGGAAGGACACUGCCACUGCCAAUGGCGACAGCCAAAUUGGUACUGUGGGAUGCGUCGCUGUAGAUAAUGAUGGAAAUUUAGCUGCGGCAACUUCUACUGGAGGUUUAGUCAACAAGAUGGUUGGAAGGAUAGGAGACACGCCCAUCAUAGGGGCGGGGACGUAUGCCAACAGUCUAUGUGCAGUAUCAGCUACGGGCACAGGUGAAGCUAUAAUUCGUGGAACUGUCGCGAGGGAUGUGGCCGCACUCAUGGAGUUCAAAGGACUCUCCCUGGAAGAAGCGGCCGCCUGCAUUGUGAAAGAGAGGGUUCCGAAGGGGAAUGUUGGCCUCGUCGCUGUUUCUGCAACGGGAGAAGUCACCAUGCCUUUUAAUACGACUGGGAUGUUCCGAGCAUGUGCUACCGAGGAUGGGCACUCGGAAAUUGCAAUAUGGCCUUCAAUGAAAGAUUGAAAUGGUUUAGUUGUUUCGGGCAACAUCUUAUCUUCACCAUGAUCAAAUGCUUGUGGUAUAUGCGGCAGUUGUAAAAGAACUGCGCUCGAAAGAUUGUCCAAUUUGUCAAUGUUCAAGUGUCGUACCUAUAUACUGCCAUUAUGGUGGCUGUUGCGAUGAAAGAGCGGCUUUCGACUGUCUUCCUCGUCCUUAAAAUCCUUAUUUCCUUUCGCAAUAACUGAGUUUAAGUACCUUUGCAGAUCUA